AUGCGGCCCGCCGGGACUGCACUCUGGCUGUGCCUGGCCUUGGCCUUGGGCCUGACCCUCGUUGAUCCCCUGGUUGUAGCGUGGGCCUCAGCCAGGGCUCCGAUUUAUGUCAACAGCUGGGCCGUGCGGGUGUCCCAGGGGAACCUCGAGGCCGAUCGCUUAGCGCGCAAGUUUGGCUUCGUCAACUUGGGGCAGAUCUUUCCUGAUGGGGAGUACUUUCACCUGCGGCACCGGGGCGUCGCCCCACUCUCCCUGAACCCACACUGGGGUCACUGCCUGCGCCUGAAGAAAGAUCCCAAGGUGCAGUGGUACGAGCAGCAGACUGCACGGCGCCGGGUGAAGCGCUCCCUGGCAGUGCCCACAGACCCCUGGUUCUCCAGACAGUGGUACAUGAACAACGAGGUGCAGCCUGACCUGAACAUCCUGCAGGUGUGGGGCCAGGGCCUGACGGGCCAGGGCGUUGUGGUCUCGAUCCUUGAUGACGGAAUCGAGAAGGACCACCCGGACCUCUCGCCCAACUAUGACCCUCUGGCCAGCUAUGACUUCAACGACUAUGACGCAGACCCUCAACCUCGAUAUUCGCCCAACAAUGAGAAUCGGCAUGGAACCCGCUGUGCUGGAGAAGUGGUCGCCGCUGCCAACAAUGGGGUCUGUGGCACUGGAGUGGCUUACAAUGCCCGGAUUGGAGGCGUGCGCAUGCUGGAUGGCAUCGUCACCGACGUGAUUGAGGCCCAGUCACUGAGCUUGCAGCCCCAGCACAUCCACAUCUACAGCGCCAGCUGGGGCCCCGAGGAUGACGGCCGCACCGUGGACGGGCCCGGGGUCCUAACACGGGAGGCCUUCCUGUGGGGUGUGACCAAGGGCCGCGGCGGGCUGGGCACCCUGUUCGUCUGGGCCUCGGGAAACGGCGGGCUGCACUACGACAACUGCAACUGUGAUGGCUACACGAACAGCAUCCACACCCUGUCGGUGGGUAGCACCACGCAGCAGGGACACGUGCCCUGGUACAGCGAGGCGUGCGCCUCCACCCUCACCACCACCUACAGCAGCGGCCUGGACACCGACGCGCAGAUCGUCACCACGGACCUGCACCAUCAGUGCACCGACAGGCACACAGGCACGUCCGCCUCGGCCCCGCUGGCCGCAGGCAUGAUCGCCCUGGCUCUGGAGGCCAACCCACAUCUGACCUGGAGGGACAUGCAGCACCUGGUGGUCCGCGGAUCCAAGCCUGCGCAGCUGCAGGCGGAGGACUGGAGGACCAAUGGCGUGGGCCGCCGAGUGAGCCAUCACUACGGCUACGGCCUGCUGGAUGCUGCCCUAUUAGUGGACAUGGCCCGCAACUGGCUGCCCACUGAGCCCCAGAGGAAAUGCACUGUGAGAGUUGUGCACAAAGCCACCAUUAUUCAGCCGCUGAUGCACGUGCAGAAAAACGUGUUGGCCUGCAAGGGCCUCCCCAGCUACAUUCGGUCCCUGGAGCACGUGCAGGUGAAGCUGUCGCUGUCCUACAGCCGCCGCGGUGACCUGGAGAUCUCACUCAUUAGCCCCAUGGGCACCCAUUCUACGCUGGUGGCCUGCAGGCCCUUUGAUAACAGCAGUCAAGGCUACAACAACUGGAUCUUCAUGUCUACUCACUUCUGGGAUGAAGACCCUAAGGGCCUGUGGACCCUGAUCCUGGAGAACAAGGGCUGCUAUUUCAACACAGGGACACUGUACCGCUACACGCUGCUGCUCUACGGGACAGCCGAGGACAUGGCGGCAAGGUCCACGGGCUCCCAGGUGACCAGCAGUGCGUGUGUGCGGCGGGACACGGGGCUGUGCCAGGAAUGUCACAGACCCACCUCCGUCCUGGGACACCUCUGCCUCUCAUACUCCUGUCCUUGGGACUUGAGACAUAGGCAUCAGCCCCUGACUCCUGGGCCUGGUGCCCUGCGGCUCUGCUCCAACUGCCACCCUUCCUGCUACAGCUGCUAAGGCAGCUCACCCCUCGACUGCCCGCCCCCACACACCCCGGACCAGCCCCGAGGCUCCUGCUUGGCACCUGCCCCCCCCCGCCCCACCCCCUGCCUCCUGUGGCUGCCCAGCUCCAUGGCUGCUAUAGCCCAGCCCUGA